CGCGGCUUGGAGGUCUUCUUUACAAAGGCUGUGCAACACCAGGCAGGACAACACAGCGAAGAUCUCUGGCAUGCUCAUGAAGCUGCGAUGACUACUACAUGGAAUACAAAAAGAAAUCUGGCUGUUUCAUUGUUUACCAUCUUGAUGAUAAGCUUUACAGUGCAUUACUUCACAAAGAGCUCAGAUGCAGUUCUACAUUCCAGCAAUCCCACUGUAGACCACAAGGAAACAACUAUAACUACAACUAUAACAAUUGCCAGCUUCCCAAUAGAAGAGGAUGAAUUUAAAGCUUCUCUCAUCUUCAAAAACAUUGCUGUCUUGAUUCCUUCCAUCAAGUUCACCCACAAGGACCACACAACCAGUGCUAAGAAGAGCAGAGCCACCAUACUGAACCCAAGAAAAAAGUAUUGUGUUGGAGAGACAAUAAUUGUCCAAAUUGAGAUGUUUGACCAUUUGGGUAACAGGAAAACAUAUGGAGGAGACUUCAUAAGAGCUAGGAUCUUUUCUCCAGAUCUUAAAGCUGCGGCUUCUGGGAGAAUUGAAGAUUUUAACAAUGGAACCUAUCAUGCCCAUUUCACUUUAUUUUGGGAAGGAAAGGUUUUCUUCUCGUUGGUCCUCUACCAUCCAAGUGAGGCUGUCUCAGCAUUGUGGAGAGCGAGGAAUCAGGGCUAUGGCCUCAUUUACUUCAUGGGGACUUUUACAAAUGGGACUUAUGAAGUGAAGUCUGAAUGUGGAUUCCAAUCGAAUACAAAGAAGGAAAUAUGUGAAUAUAGAAAGGAAGGAUACAAUGAAUUAUUUUACUGCGAUAAACCAGAAUCUUUUGAUUGUAGGUCAUUAAUAUACCUUCAGUCUUUCAACAGGGAUCUCUCCUUUCUAAGCACACUUGAAAAAUCUCUCUUGGACAGGGAAAAUAUUGCUAUUGAAAUCCCCAAAAACUUUGAAUCCAUUGAUGUGAAUUCAUGUACAAACUCAUCUCCCCCACCUCUAGAACAAUGCAAGAUUGGGAUGGUGCCUCCAUUUCCCAGCGGAUUUGUGUUACAGAAUAAAUGGAGACCUGCGUUCUGUCGCCUCGCCAAUUUUACACUCCAUGAACAAAUGUACACCUGUUUAAAUGACAAAAUGAUACAUCUGACUGGUGACUCUACUGUACAACAAUGGUAUAAUUAUUUAGAAAAAACAUUUAAAGGAUUGAAACAUUUUGAUCUACAUCGGACAGGAUUGGAAUCUAUGCUGUUAUCAAUUGAUAUGCAGAGAAACAUCAGACUACAGUGGAAAAAGCACAGCCAUCCAAUUGUUGCAGAUCAGUUUUACUGGGUAAAAGAUGAUCACUAUAUAGGUGAGCAAAUAGACCAGCUGGAUGGAGGUCCACAGCAUGUCAUCGUUAUCGGCCUGGGACAAAACUUCAGACCUUUCCCCAUCCACCUCUUCAUUAAAAGAGUUAUUAAUGUGCGCAAAGCAUUGGAACGUCUCUUCUUACGGAGUCCGGACACAAAGGUCAUCAUUAAAACAGAGAACACCAGAGAGACAAACUUAGAUGCCGAGAGAUUCAGUGACUUCCAUGGCUAUAUUCAGUAUCUCAUAGUAAAGGACAUCGUCAGAGAUCUUCAUGUUGGUGUGGUUGAUGCUUGGGACAUGACCACAGCGUACAAUACAGAUAAUGUUAAUCCUCCAGAAAAUGUCGUCCAGGACCAAAUAUAUAUGUUUUUAACUUAUAUUUGUUAGUUUAGUAAAAAUGGCAGAUUUAAAGUGGAUGUAAACCCACUCUUAUCUUUUCUAAACUACUGCCAUGGUGCUGAUCUAUAAGGAUAUACAUGC